UGACCACCGUACAGCGUGCCGCCUGUCUGACAACAUCCAAAGUCUGUAAAGUGGAGUUAAUGAAACGAUGUUGUCUUUUGAAGACCUGAUGACAAGUCUGCAAGACUGUGUGAUCGCCGAGCACCAGGCAGCUGAAAGUGUCAGCCAAACUUUCGGGCUCUUUAUUGAUAAACUGUCUGAAUCCUCCAGGAGUAGUGUGAAAAGAUGCAAGGAGCGCCGUUUAGAGGAGGCUCUCCAGCUGCUGAGGCAGAUUUCGGAGGCACAGCUUCAUGCUACGGAGGAGAGCCACCUCCUGCUCCUGGUCCGACUCCUCAUCUCCAUGCAGCUGCAGAUGGUCAGCAUCUCCACAGCCUGUCGCAAAGUGGACCAGAUGUUGCAACAUUUGGCAAAGGUGGACCACCAAUUGGUUUUUAGAGAAACUCAUCACUGCUUGCACUCCAUAGUCCAUACUGAAGAGAUAUUGUCUUUCGAGGAUGUGCAGAGAGCCUGUAUGUUCCUGGAAGACAGCGCUGUGGGUCGUGAGGUGUGGCGGGAGUCAUUCCCUUCCUUGCUGAAUAAAGUGUCUGAGUUAUUCCCUGUUGUACUGCAACAAGAAUCCCUCAGAGAUGGACCACUGUGUUACAUUACUGUCAAGGUGUGUUUGCAAGUCUUUCAGCUGUUGUCCAGUGAAGUGGCUCCUCUAGUGUGGGACAAGAACCACGGGGGCCCAACAGUGCGGACGAUCCUGCAGGCUCUUAUGGACAUAAUACUUGGACAGUGCUGCAACAGGGACACUCGGCUUUUGGCAGGCACUGCUGUGGCCAUGCUGAUCAACACUGCACCAGAGAGCAGAGCUGCAGAAGCUGCUGCCUGGAGUCUGCUACAGGUCUCUCACUUAGAGCCCUGGCUGCUGACUGUUGGUGCUCUCCAGGUACAGUGCAACCCUACAGGGAAGGACGGAGUGGACAGGCUGGCUGUGAGCAGGGGCCUCCUGACCUGCUGUCGACCUCACAUCUUGCUCAGUUCACACAUGGAUGCCACAGAAAUGUGCUUACUGCUGAAAGGUUUGUUUCCUCUGGUCUAUGCUUUGUGUGAAGAGAAGAUGGAUUGUCACUACUUUGCCUUUGAAGUAUUAACACUGUGGCUGAAGAAAGUUAAAGAAUGUCUGACUGAUAUCUGGAAGAUGACAGGCGUCCGCCUUCUGCCUGACAACAGUCGCCUGCAGCAAGAGCUCAUUCACGUUAUCUGGACCAAUGCAGAAAGCCCAGUGGAAGGUGUGUCUGACUUUGUGCGCAGUGCCUUUUCUCUGCUGCUGGACAUCUAUGAGAUGGACUGUGAGCAGUUUUGUGACACCAAGAAGACUCUUUAUUUUACUCUACUUGAACGAUUAAUCAAACUACCUUGGGAAGCCAAAGCCAAAUAUUACCGCCUUUGUGCCCUACUGCCAUACCUGGGUACUGACAUGGUGCUGGAUCAAUAUGCUGAAAUACCCAAUCAUCUCCUGAAGUGCUUGUCCACCAAUCACCUGUCACCAUGUGGAUCUGAGCUUUACAAGUGUCUGAUCCAACAGCAGAGGCGAGAGCUGUGCGAGGGCUCACAAAAGUCGUCUGCUUCACACACUGAGCAGGAUCUGGCCAACCAGUGGGCGAGGCGUUGGCGGGCCGUCCUUCACGACGCGCUGACGUCUGAUGUGACUCUUCUACAGAAUCACUGCUCAACACACUUAUUACCCUGCACCUUUCAAGUCUUCCCCUCUGCUGUGGAUCAUAUGCUGGCCUCUCUGGACCCAUCCACCCCUGGCCAUCUCCUCGCCUGGGCCUGCAUCAUGAGCUCCUAUCGAGCCAUUACUGGAGGCUCUCCCUGGGCUCUGAAGGGGAGCUCAACCCUUGAAACCCUUAAGCUGGCUCUAGGAUCUGCGGAUGACAAAGUCCGUCUUGCUGCUCUCAACCUCCUCUGCUGCAGCCCAAAGACCAAAGACACUCCAACCACAGAGGAGAUGACAAUAAUGAGGAUGUUUAUUCCUCAGAACCUAAACUGUGAGUCCUCGCCUUUUCGUCAGCAUCUUCAAGCCGGAGUGAAGAAGUUUCUGGUUCGCAUCAGAGACGGCUGCUUGGCGCUUGUCAGAGGACAGAAGGGCAAAAAGAAAGGAGACUCAGAGAGGGCACAGGAUAUACUGGAGCAGGGAAUAGGGUUUGUGGAAUGGUUGGGUCAACUUCCAUACAGCUAUCUGGCACCAGGACACAGUUACCAGAGGAAGAAGACUGUGCUUCUGUUGCUGUCUGCAGUGCUGGAGACCUGCACAGACACAUGGAGCCCAGACAAAAAGAAGGGACAACCUCCAGCGAAUAUGGGGUCUCUUAUUACCUUUGCCAGACAGAGAGGACAGUGGGAUUUUGUCUGCAGGACAAAACAGCUGGUCCUUAUCAGCUGUUUAGAAGAUUCUACAAAUGAGAUUCGGGAGCUCUCAGCGGGGUUAUUGUUGAGAUUUUUCCCACCCAGUUUUCCAGAAGAUAUCGCUGCAGUGUUGCUCACACGGACCAAACAGCUUCUGUGCAGCCCUCGGGUGCAGGAGGCUCAGAUGGGAGCACUGAUGAUCAAGGUCCUGCUUCAGAAAUCACAAGACCAGCCUGAGGACUGCAGGCUGAACAGUAACAUUACAGUCAGCAGUGGAAGUAACCCCAGGGCCUCCUGCAUGAUCAGAUUCCUGGUGAAGGAGCUGGAGGAACACUAUCUGACAGCCAAGGCGGACAUGAUGCUUGCUGCCAGAACCAAGCCUAUACAUGGUGUUCUAAGUGCCCUUCAGAGGUGUUUGCUUGAGGCACCCAGCAGUGUUUAUGACGCACUGGAUCACAGUCUGACCACUGAGGUGCUGAGCCUGCUAGACAAUAUGUCUUUACUGCUGCUGGGUGUUUUGUAUGGAGACCAGGAUGCCUGUGAAAAGGAUGCCCCCCCUUCUUUUUGUGAUAUGGGAAACGCCAUCAGCUCUCUAAUAGCCCAAGCGUCUGGAGGAGUCCAAGGGGAGGGAGAGGAGUGUGUCCUGUUAUCUGAGGAGCACAGCCUCGUUCUCACCUGCUGCUGGGUCUCCCUCAAGGAAAUAGGAAUCCUUUUAGGUUCUCUGGUGGAGAAAAUUCUCACCGAAUCCAAAUCCAGCAAGUGCCCUCUAACAAAAGGCGAUCUAAUGAGAGCAUCAAAUAUAUUCAAGAAUAUUCUUCUCAAAUGCCGUCACUGGGGGGCAGUAGAGGGAUGCUGUACAGGCUUCACCAAGUUCUGUGCCUCUCUUUUGAGCAGCAGUGAUGCAGAGCUUAAGGAUAUCCCGGCCCAAAUGCUGAGACAAGGAUUGCAGGUUGUGCAGUCCCCUCGUUCUACAUCUGUGACCCGGCGGGCCGCAGGGUUGCCUAUGCUCAUCCUGUGUGUCGUGUCUGCAGAGGAGGCCAGUAAAGCAAGACCACUGUUAGCUCAUAGUAUGCAAACCUUACUGGAGACAGCCAAAACCCCUCUACCUGAGAACUGGGACCAAACACUGGACCUCCCACAGGUGUGUGCAGUUCACACAUUGCAAGCCCUGGUGCGUGGAUCAGGUCUGGGAGUAGCUGUUCUUCAGUUUGCUCCUGCUGUAGCCAUCUUGUCACUCACUCUGCUCAGUUCUCCCUGCUGGGGCAUGAGGAACGCUGCUCUGCAACUUUACAGUUCUCUGUGCUCACGAAUGCUCGGCCAGCGGCCCAGCAGUGACGAUGGUGGCCCUACCCAGCAUGGCAUGUCCCCCCAUGCCUUCUUCUUCCACUACCCUGCGCUCCAGCCCUUCCUGCUGGGUGAGCUGAGAGGGGCAGCACAAGACCUCCAGGGUCCACCUAAUGAGGCCAGGCUACACCUCCAACCCUCGCUCUACCCUGUCCUCACUCUGUUAGCCCAACUCCAGCCUGGUGUCCAAGACUCAACAGAAACUUUGUCAGACUUCCUGCCUCCUUUACUCCAACUGUCUGCCAGUCCUAUUUACAGUGUGAGAGUGAUGGCCUCGAAGGCUUUGGUUGCCAUGACUCCCCCCUCAGAGUACAUGAACAUCCUCAUUAAACUGGCAGAUCAGCUGCCCAGUCCACAGGAGCGCUGCUGUCACAACCGGCUCCACGGACAGCUGCUGCAGAUCAAAGCUAUUCUAGAGAGAGCUCUCUGCAUAGUCAGUGCCCCUGCAGCUGACCUGUGUGAGGUGCUGAGCAGGAUGGAUGCCUCACUGUGGCUGGUGACUGAAGCUCAGCGCUGCCCACUAGUGAGAGGGGCCUACCUUGGAGUGGCAGACUCGCUGAGAAGGUUCUGCUGUGAGACCUACCUGUCGAAGCUCAGUGACAUACUCAUGCAUGGCCUCCAAACACCUCAACAGGAGCUUCAGGUUGGGUUGUCAUCCUUCCACCAACAAGCCAUCCACUUCCUAUGUGCAGAUCUAAAGUGGGCGUGUCCAAUCUGGAAUAACUUCUCUGCAGUGAGCCCUGAUCUAAAGCUCUCGUUGGUGUCUUGGGUGGUGGACGGGCGGGGUUCUCAGCAGAGCAGCUUGAAAGAGUUGAUCCAGAGGGUGUUGCAGGCAAACCUGAAGGAGGCGUUGUUGAGCCAAAGUGUGGAGUACCGCAGGACCUACCUCAUAGCUCUGGUAGCAGUGAUGACCGGAGGUAAUUCAACUUUACCCCAAAAUCUUCCUCCGUUGGCCCCACUGGAGGAGCCAGUUCUGCCUGAGUGUUUGGAUUUGUUGCUUGUGGACUUGGAAGAACAGCGAGGAGGGCCAGAGUUUCUAUCCCAGGCUCUGUAUGCUGCUAGUCUGCUGCUUUCCCAGUGGUCAGACUCCAGUCUGAAGAUAUCCACGUACCAGCGCUUGUGUAGUGUCUUGGAGUGCCAUCGGUCCCCAGACGCCCCUGAAGUGCUCAGGAUGGCGUGUGCCGAAGCUCUGUGUGUGGCUGGAGUUCCACUAAUGAGCCUGAGGGAACACAGCACUCUGCCUGGCAUCAUGAGCAGGUUGAUCAACACAGGCCUGUACUUGCUGCAGGACCAAAGCCAGCCUGUGAGGAUGAAAGCAGCCUGUUUUACCUCCAGGCUGCACCAUGUGAGAGGAGGAGAAAGCCAGGGGAGUGUCUACCUUAUGCAGGUCAACCAGGCUCUGCCGCUCCUAUUACACCUGUUGCUGGAGGAAUGCUGGGAUACUCCUGGCACACUGGAGGUGCUACUGUGCAACCUGCCUCCAUCUGACCUCAGAUCUGUGCUGAGAGACGCCUCAGAGACGGUGUGUUCUAGUCUGUAUGAGCAGGAUGAGGCCAAUGUGUUUGCAGAGCCCUCUGUGAUGUCUGCACAUGUGCUGCCUUACCUGCUGCAGAUUGCUGAAAAAUCCUCUGAAUCCUCUGCUUUGGCACAGAGCCUGAGUGCAUGGGCAGGGGAGAGUGCUGCCCAGGUGCUAGACAGCCUUGCAGUCUGCAAAGAGCUCCAGCCAGCUGAGACAUUAACCCCUGCCUGGUUGGCUCUCCUUAUGGACCCCCGUCUCCACAGCACCCUUUGUGGUCUGGUCACCAGGGCUGCCUUUCUUCUCCGGCUUGUGAAAACAUCCGAUGAUGUACAACACCUUUGCAAUCCUUCGUCCCUGCACACGAGUUUACAGGACGUUUGUAGUCUUCUAAGUCAGAACGGUGUAAACUUUCCCUCCGCUUUAACAGCUGCUGUGGUUGGAGAGCUGCCGCUAUGACGGAACGGAGGAGCUUAUCCUGUACACUCAUCGAGCAAAGCCUUUUGGCCGAUGAGGCCCAGGAUGAAAUUACCUGUAGAUAUUCCAGGAAUCCUCAUGCAUCAUCUGAAUGUGCAGUAUUGGUCUUGAAUGAGUUGUUCAAACUGCUGAUGCUGCAGUACACCAGCACUUGGCAGGCUGACACAGUUAUGUAAGCGGUCAGUGGCUUCAGUCAGCUGUGUCCAUCAUCAUAUUACCAGUACAGAGAAGAGACCCAAUGGACAUUAAGUGCAAUUUGUACAACAGUUGUUCCUUACAACCUCUGGAGGCCUAUUUUUGAUGCAAUGCUUUUAAAUAAGACUUAAAUAAGACUUUAUAAUAUUAAAUUUUCUGAGGCUCUAUUCCUUUUUGAAAAAUAGCUUUUUUUUUAUGCAGAGACACAACCACCCGUAGAGCUCCAGGUCUGUCUUCAUGAUCUCCUGCACCACAACAAUAUGCUCAUUCUUAUUCCCAGAGCCAUGCUCCUUGUCCUCUGUCCUGUAAGUUUGUUUGCCAUUACUCAGCAGUAACAGUAGCAGGCCGCAGACUGGUGUAGUGAUGUAAUGCAACAGCAUCAGGAGAAAUGAUCUGCUUGGUGCCCAAUGGGGGAAUAUAGUGUACGGUUUAAUGCUCCAUUAGAGGCCUUCUGCCUGGAUAAGUAUCCAUUUUCCAGCCACAUGAGGGCUGAAGAUGAUUGACUGGAUCUGACAAAGAGCCAUCAGUUGCUCCGCAACGGACCACACACUAGAGCAGUCUUACAUCAUCAGAUAGCCCACUGCUUUUGUUUGAGAUGGGCGGUGUUCAGUAUUAGACAAACAUCGACAUGAAACAGUUUGUACAUGCUGUGGUUGGCUAUGCUAGGCUAUUGAUUAAACGUACACUGAAGUUUUCUAUAUUCUACUAUAAUUUCUUAUAUAUGUGGUAUUGUCGGAGGUGAUUAAAUUCUCAGGAUCUAAAUAAUCAAUUUAUCAACAUCUGACAGUAAACCAGCAGAGUCACAGUUUUUUACUUUUUACUGUUUACACAGAUCUGUAUGUAUAUCAGGUACAUCUAUUUCAGGUUAGGUUUCCAUUGUGUAUGCAUGAAGCAUUGUGCUUGUGAGCAUCUAGAUUAUGCAACAGUUGUGACAUCAAGCUUGUAUGAAUGAUUCAUACAUAAUGCUAAUGCAAUGUAUUUCCCUACGACCCACGUCAUAAUUAACACCUGGUGUGCAGAGCUCUAUGAGAUUAACGUGUGCCGGAAAGGAAACUAAAGGCGGUUCUUGUCAUGCUCUUGACACAUUCUGUGUCAGAACAUGACACACAAAACAAGGUAACACUAGAUAAUGAAAGUUAUAGGGCAAAACUGAUAUCAACAUUUUUGGAAAACCUUGAAUCAUCUUAUCAAGAAUUCUUGCAAAGUUUGAUAUGCCACCCCCACAGUAUGCAUUUAUUGAUGAAACAUUUCUGCUGCUGACUGUACGGAUGUUGCCAGACAAAAACAAAGUUUCAUAGAGUCACAAGUAAUUUAGGACAAACCUUCACAGCACCUUUAGAAUACAAAUGGGGGCUCUAACUUUACUCUGCUUCACGACAAAGGCAAGAAAGACUUGGCAGGAUUUUGACAGCUUGUCAAUAUGCCUGAAAACAAAGGCUUAGUUUUAAAUAAAAAUAUAUAGUAAUUUAACUUUUUAUUCAUUUAUAGACCUCUGCUUGAACAAUGUGUGCAAUGUUGUGUCUUCUGCCUCCUGCAUCAACAUUGAAAACAAAGACUGAGAAGUGAACUUAUGCUUAUAUAAAGAUAUGCCUUUAUUAGUCCCACAGAGGGGAAAUUUCAAAAAGCAAGUUUCUGCAGUUUCCUGAAAGCAGAGUGUGUAUAAAACUGAGAAAUAACCAUCUGGCUUAAUAAAAGCCUUUGCUAUUCUUACUGAGAGUCUCUCAGUAAGCCUGUGUCCUGCUAAUUAAAUGAUUAACUAUGGCAACAGGGAACAAGGCCAAGUAGGUAAAACCACUUUUAUUGGGUGUGUGUAUGUGUGUACAUGCAUACCAACAUGUGUGCACCAUUUGGAGCAUGAAAGAGUGUUUUUCCACUAAAGUAUUCAGAAGAUUUUCAAGGUUCAAAAAUAGGCAAAUGUCUUUUAUUAAAUAAACAGAAAUAAUAAAUCAUUUUAAUAAAUGAAAUCCUUAAAGAAGGCUUUUGUAAAUUUAAAAUGUGCAUUUAUGCUGAAUAUAAUAAAGUGAACUAUUGAGGUUGUUAUUCUGUUAAAGUGUUUGUCUUUCAUAUCAUCAGUGCAACUUAGUUUUAUUUUCCAAAGCUUUUGCAAAGCUUGAAAUCCCCACUAAAGCAUAUUGUCAACAAAGCAGCGGUACCAUUCUCCCUACCAGCAUUGCUCAGCUGAAGUAGUGGACAGUG